AUGACUGAUGAGCAAAUUCUGACUCAAAUGCAAGCCAUCAAGGAUGAAGAAGCGAAUCUACAUCCUUUGGUGGACAAUUCUGUUGACCUGGUUGAACUUGAAAAAGAGUACCAGAACGGAAGUGCAGCUUUCCAGAACAAAAUCAGGAAUCUAUCAGAAACUCACGAUAGGAUGCGACGUUCGCGUGGCGAUGGUAAUUGCUUUUACCGUGCAUUUGCAUUUGCAUGGUUUGAACGAGUGAUGCUCGCCAAGAAUAAACCCGAGUUGCAUAUGAAUGCAGUCAAGGCGAUGGAAGAGUCCAAGGACUUGUUGUUGGCUGCACAAUUUGAGCUCCUCGCGUUUGAAGAUUUUUACCUGGUGACGUUGGAGACGCUUCAAAACUUGGUUCAUUACACACCCGAGGAACUCUUGGCAGCCUUUCAGAAUGAUGAGAUCUCAAACUCGAUUGUGAUGCAUUUCCGGUUGAUGGUCUCUGCUUAUUUGAAGACCCAUCAAGAGGACUAUGCACCCUUCUUGGAAUUUGGACAGACCAUGGAUGAAUUUUGUUCAAUGCAUGUGGAGGCGAUGGGCCGAGAAUCGGAGGAGAUGAUGUUGAUUGCUCUGACCAAAGUCACUCAUGUGAGUGUCGAGGUUGCAUACCUGAGCGGGAACGAGAAUGUGGACGAGGUCAACUUCUUACCAUUCUUGCCUGAUACAGAGCCGUAUAUGCCACCCUUGGUAUUGUUGUAUCGACCGGGGCACUAUGACAUUCUUUACCGCAAGAGCCAUUGCUUAGAAGGAGUUGUAUAG